UGACGCUAGUGUACACGUCAUUUAGAACGCGAGCGCUCACUACCCAUUUCGAGUAUUCCACGGGUUAGUUACGGAUCGCGCUUCUCUUCUGGUGAAAUCAUGUCUGUCAGUGAACCUUCCCGCGCUCAGAUGGCAUCGGAAGUGCCUGAGAUUCUGGUAGAUCCCAAGACAUUAAGGUCCUACAGCAGGGAUGAGCUUUUGGGACAGGGCGCUUCUGGCAAAUGCUAUAAGAUGACCGAUCUUGAAACUGGCGACACCUAUGCUGUUAAGGUCAUACGGCUAUAUUCCUGGGGAGUGGAGGAGGUCUGUGAAGAAGUACAGAUUUUAAAAACACUGCGCCACAAGAAUGUGGUGGGCUUCUCCCACUCUUUCGAAGAUGAUAAGUUCCUGUACAUUUUCAUGGAGUUGUGCAGUGGGCAGGUGAGUCCCUGACUUUUGUAGACAUCUUA